UUCUGGCUUGGCAAAGGACGGGAGGAGACGCACGAAGGAGCUAUCAAGUGCGGCGCGCUGACACUGCGUGCUGCGGAGGGCCCGCCCAUCUCUUGGGUGUGCUCGAGAACUCUUGAAAGGACACAAUUGCUGUACUCCUCUUUUCGAUGUUUUGCGGCUGAAGAUGAACCACGUCUGGGCUGUGACGUUCGAGAGUGCAGAGGCGACGAAGAAGAUGCUGAAGCACGCGGAAGUUCAAGUCAAGGAACGACGCUGUUUGGUUGUGGAUCCGCAUAACCGGGAGGUGCGGCUAAAGCUGCACUGGUUACUGCACAAUGUGCAUGACGAUGACGUACAUGCGGCGUUUGUUCCGUACGGGAAAGUAUCCGACAUCCAGAAAGAACGCUGGCGUGUACAAGAUGUCACGGACAAGGGAUCGUCUAUGCGUACGGUGUCCCUGAAGCUGAAGCCUGGCUUGACAAUUGAUGAUCUUCCGCAUCAGAUACGAAUAGCAGGCAUAAUGGCGCUAGUGGUCGUGGCAGGUCGUGCUCCCCUAUGUCUUCGGUGCAACCGUACGGGGCACAUCAGACGUGAGUGCCGCGUGCCGCGUUGUUCUGUGUGUCGACGAUUCGGCCACGAAGAAAGUCAGUGCGUACGCACGUACGCAAGCAUUCCAGGGCCACCAAAAAAUGAGGAAAUCAUCAACGAGCUCCUUAUGGACGAAGUUGACGUGGAGGAAAUUGUCAGUGCGCCUGGACCAACCUUGUCGCCGCCUUCGAAGAAAGACUUGGCGGUAACGACCGAGAAACACGAUCUUACGCAGGUCGCGAGUGGAGCCAUAUUGACAUCAGGCGCGCCUACACCUGCUAAAGAGGCUGAAACAACGACGCAAGUGCAGGCAAGAAACCCUCCGUAA